AACGACUUGUCUUUUGCCCAUUUGAACUUUGUUGCCCAUCAAGAAACACACAGCACAAGGCAAAGGGAAAGGAGAGCGAUCGGGCAACUUCCACUCGACACAAUAUGGUAAAGAGUGCUGACGCGGCUGCUUCUUGUUGCACCUCAUGGACCCUCAGACGCUCUACAACCGUCUCCACAAGCGCCCUUCGCGCCCGGUGAUGGGCCCGAACCCGCACGCUCAUCUCAUUCCUCCCGUUUCCCCAGCAAGGGCUCUCGCACCGGCCGCUGUUCCCCCAGACAGUGUUAAUUCCUCUGCAGCAGCUGCUACUUCUUCGCCUUCGUCAUCAGCAUCCUCCUCUCGUCCCCCCAAUCUUCAGACAAGGCGCUUGUCUACAGCCCCCUCGGUAGGGAGAAGGCUGCAUCAACCCCUCAAGCCAUCUCAACGAAUUGCAAAAAAGAGGCCUCACAGUUUGAACGAAGCCGAACUGAUUGCCCCAUUUGUCACAGGUCCGCCCACUCGUGCUCACUGGAAGCCUGACUGCGAGGCGCCGGAUUGCGAUCUGUGCCGCCAAAGAUUUGGGUUCCUGUUGAGGCGACAUCACUGCCGUCGGUGUGGAAACGUCUUUUGUUUGUCGUGCUCUACGCACUUUGUACGAUUAGAUCAAAAUGCAAACUUUCAUCCAGCUGGUGUGGUGUCGCGGAUCUGUCGAACGUGUUUCGAAGACUUUCAAACCCGCAUCGUACCCCUGCGUCCCCCGACGCCAGACGGAUCGGAUGAAGAGACGAGAAUUCCUGAGGCAGGGCCUGCGGAUCGCGUGCUCCCCGUUCCAAUCGAAACUGGAACUAAGCCCAUGGAACCCGAUCGAGCCAUGUCGCUCCUGUCUGUCCCAUCGGAUUGGCAAUGGUCCACAUUUUAGUGUUCCCCUUCCGCAGGCGUAGCAAGAUGCGAAUGGGAGAUGCGACGUGUUCAUUUUUUUAUAGUUAUAUUGGAAGCCAUGUCUGCGAUGCAGAUAGACAUGUGUAAUUUUGUAAAUAUUAGCGUGUUGGCAUGACACGAUAUUGACUGACAUGACAAUGGAGAAAUUGC